CGGGUUCCGCAGGACGCCCGGGACUGGCCGGCGGACCCCGCUCGCGCGACCUCUCUGGCUUUGGGGCCGGGCGGGGGAGACCCCGCUUCCUCCCCUUUCGGUGGACCUCCUCCAGUUGUGUCCGACUUUGCAGAGGGAACCCUGGAAAGCCUAGAAGAGUUGAUCAAAAUAAACCUAACAAUGGGGAGACCAGACGGGCGGGGUGGGGUCUCUUAUGGAGUGUGUGCUAAUUUGAGAUGCGGGGGGGACUGGAAAUAAUUCUGGCGUGUGAAACGGUGUUUGCUUUGACUUUCGUAAGUUGCCGAAGUUUUCAUUUCUUUUGCACCGAAUGAAAAGCACUUUUCUUUCCGCGUUACAUAAUGGAGGAUUAAAGAAAACAGUCCCUGGGCUUAAAAUAAAUGCUGUCCUCUUAGUCUCCCGUCCCAGUGGGUGUCAGAUGGGGGAGGGAGCUGCAAAUUUAAUUCUCCGCGGGGCAUUCGCCAUUCUGUCGGCCCAAAGGAUCCAUUUUCCUUCGUCUGACUGCAAGGUCGCGCUUCAACUUCGGGAUACUGCUGAACUGCGCGCGGGGAGCUGGGGGCCAGGGAGGCAGCCCCCUCUUGCGCUGGGGCGGGAGGGAUAACGCAGUUUGCAGGCACCCCCCCUUGUCUCCCCACUCUCCCCAGAAGAGGCAGGAAAUAAAUACCCGCCAAUUGUAAGCGAGAAAAGCGGCUGGUGUGUUUUUCUGUAACUUUUUCUUGUAGUUUUGGAAAGAAAAGGCUAUUUCUCUGAAAGCGGCCCCAGCUGCCUUUGAGAUCGCUUGCUAUCGAAAAAGAUCAGCUCCCAUUUUGUUCUGGCGGCUGGGGAUGCCAGGGAAGCGAUGAGAGAUUUACAAGGUAUCCUUUCAAAAAGAAUUCCGGGUAGAGAAGAGGCCGAAAUGUCGUCCUUACAGUUACAACCAAAAUAAUUAGAAGAGUGCAAAGUACAUUUUGCAAAGAUUGGGCAAAAACGAAAUCUGGCCAGGGCAACCUUUUCUCAGUGGCAUCCACCACUAAACUAAUUAGUCAAAUAAAUAUUCUGCUCUUUACAACUUCUCAGUCUGGAAACCCCCUCUGCCAACGUAAAAACUGGACCAUGUUUAUUUGGAGAAUUAUAAAUUUUAACAGAUUUUGAAUACAGAUGUGUGCUAUUUGGGAACACCCUCCCCCCCAACCGAGUAUUUGUAGGAGAGAAAGGGAGCUGUGUGGUGGGACUCUGCACCCAUUGUAUGCGGCAGGGAAGGAAGAUACUAGAUCUUUCUUUCUUUCUUCCUUCUUCUUCUUUUUCUUCUUCUUCUUCUUUUUUUUAAACUAAGGGGAAACAAUAUAGAAAUAGCCCCCAAAAGGUGUGAGUAUCUGAUAGUGCUUUCCCUCUGAUUCUCAGAAAGUAAACCUAAACGCAAACUCUUGAUUCUAGGCCUGGGUUUCCAAGCCGUUAAGAUUGGGGAUUUGGAAGUCAAAAGAUAAAAUUGUGAGUGAAUGUCUGUCUGGGCAAUUUAUGGUAAUAAUGAGGCCUAAUGAGGUUGUUAGAAAGAUAAAAUGUUAUUUACCAAAAAACCUGAUGGGAUAAUUUGACUUACUGUGUUUUACUACGGAUGAUAAAAAGAAUAUUGGUCACAAAUAAAUCACGGCUUCUAAAUGCCUGAGAACAGUUCGAGCUUCCUCUCGCCGCGUCACAAACUUCAGAGAUAAAGUAAGUGAGAACAGGCCUAGGAGAGCGGUUCCCUUUCUCACAGCCGGGACUCCUGGGCCCUCGUGUUAAUAUUUUACCAGUUAAGCCCUCCUUUUGUAUUAAAAAAAAAAAAAUGGUGUUUUUGUUGUUGAUGAUGGCCAGGAUUAAAAUUUUAAAUUACCUGUCACCAUGGUUGACCUUUAAGUGUGGGGAACCAUUAAAUGCAGAUUAAUUUGGGAGCUAAAAAGAGUGUGCUUUCAUUUUAAAUUGCUGGUGGAUUUGGACCCAAAGAAAACCCGAGAUGGUUUAUUUUGCUUGACCCCCUCAGGGUCGAAGGGAGGGGCUUUAGGCUUUAGGUUCUGUACGUUUGGAGAAACUGUUUUAUCAGCGCAGUUAAAAGGUUUUCCCUUCUCGUUAGUGUGAGAUAAACUUGGAAAUUAGGUCUGUUGAAGUUGUUGUGAGUGGUGGGGGUGAGGGGACUGAGGGAUGCCUGGGGAAAUUCUGUGGGGCCACGGCUCCCGCUGUGGUCUUCUGGAAAUGCAUGGAUUCUGGAACUUCUCUUGAGUGAUGAAAUAAAAUAAAAUAAAGAUAAAAAUAAAAGCAAAACCAAACCAAAACAAAAAACAGCCUCUUCAUGAUGGGUGAAGUUCAGUUUCUAGAGGCAGCUAAUGGUUCGGACCCGUCACUUCCUCCCUGGGUGGUGCACUGGGGGCCUUCAUGUUCUCCAGCAGACAAGAGCCGCUCUUCCCCAAUUUCCCAGUUUUGGGGACUCAUCGCGCUCUCUCUCUCUCUUUCUCCUCCCCCCCACAACCCCUGCUCUCUCUCUCUCUUCCCUCGGUGGGCUGUGUGGUUGCAGGGCUCACAGUAUGAACUCAAAGACAACCCUGGGGUGCACCCUGCCACCUUCGCAGCCCACACGGCGCCAGCCUACUACCCCUACGGCCAGUUCCAGUACGGGGAUCCCGGGCGGCCCAAGAACGCCACGCGCGAGAGCACCAGCACGCUCAAGGCCUGGCUCAACGAGCACCGCAAGAACCCAUACCCCACCAAGGGCGAGAAGAUCAUGCUGGCCAUCAUCACCAAGAUGACGCUCACGCAGGUGUCCACCUGGUUCGCCAACGCGCGCCGCCGCCUCAAGAAGGAGAAUAAGGUGACGUGGGGUGCGCGCAGCAAGGACCAGGAGGACGGUGCCCUUUUCGGAAGCGAUACAGAGGGCGACCCCGAGAAGGCCGAGGACGAUGAGGAGAUAGACCUGGAGAGCAUUGACAUCGACAAAAUCGACGAGCAUGACGGCGACCAGAGCAAUGAGGAUGAUGAGGACAAGGCCGAGGCCCCUCGCGCGCCGGCGGCACCGACGACCCUUGCUCGAGACCAGGGCUCGCCGCUAGCAGCUGCCGACGCGCUCAAGUCCCAGGACUCGCCCCUGGGCCUGGUCAAAGAGGUCCCGGAGCCUGGCAGCACGCGCCUGCUGAGUCCCGGCGGCGGGUCGGGUGGCCUGCAGGGCGCCCCGCACAGCAAGCCCAAGAUCUGGUCCUUGGCCGAGACCGCCACGAGCCCCGACGGCGCGCCCAAGGCCUCGCCGCCGCCUCCCUCAGGCCAUCCCGGCGCGCACGGGGCCCCCGCGGGCGCGCCGCUGCAACACCCCGCCUUCCUGCCCAGCCACGGACUGUACACCUGCCACAUCGGCAAGUUCUCCAACUGGACCAACGGCGCGUUCCUCGCGCAGGGCUCCCUGCUCAACAUGCGCUCCUUCCUGGGCGUUGGCGCGCCCCACGCCGCGCCGCACGGCCCGCACCUGCCCGCGCCGCCGCCGCCGCCGCCGCCGCCGCCGCAGCCCCCAGUCCCUGUUGCUACGGGGGUGCUCCACGGUGACAAGGCCUCUGCUCGCAGCAGCCCCGCGCUCCCAGAGAGAGACCUCGUCCCCAGGCCGGACUCGCCGGCACAGCAGUUAAAAUCUCCCUUCCAGCCCGUGCGCGACAACUCGCUGGCCCCGCAGGAGGGAACGCCGCGGAUCCUAGCAGCCCUCCCGUCCGCCUGAUUCAGGGUCUUCUUUUACUUUUGCGGGGGGAGGGGGGAGGAGUUGGGGAGGGAGGGGAUGAGGGAGGAAUUAGGACAAAUAUUUCAGACUGGUGUAAAGACAAAUAUGGCCACGACGUCAACGACUCCCAUCCAUCGCUUUCUGCAGAAAGGGGCUCGUCCGGGCAGCCUGGCCUCUGCCCCCAGCUCUGGUGGCUGUCACCAGGCUCUGGUGGACUAUCCGCUCGGUAAAUGCCCCACGUGCUUGUGUCUUUUUUUUUUUUCCCCCUUCUUUCUGUAUAUAGAGUGAUUUCAGAUUGUAAAUAGCGCGUCAGCGAACUUGUCUAAAUCAUAUAUUUUUGUCUAAUAAACUAAAUGAAAUGAU